AUGAUUCGUACAUAACAAGUACAUGUUAACUGAAUGUCGCAGCUCUGCUGGAGCGUUAUGUGUCUGCUUGUCUGUGUGUGUUGAUGUGGUGCCAGUGUAUGGGUGCCUGUAUAUGGAUGCCUAGUGAUGGGUGCCUGUAUGUGGAUGCCUAGUGAUGGGUGCCAGUGUAUGGGUGCCUAGUGAUGGGUGCCAGUGUAUGGGUGCCAGUGUAUAGGUGCCAGUGUAUGGGUGCCAGUGUAUGGGUGCCUGUAUAUGGGUGCCUAGUGAUGGGUGCCAGUGUAUGGGUGCCAGUGUAUGGGUGCCUAGUGAUGGGUGCCUGUAUAUGGGUGCCUAGUGAUGGGUGCCUAGUGAUGACUGCCAGUGUAUGGGUGCCAGUGUAUGGGUGCCUAGUCAUGGGUGCCAGUGUAUAGGUGCCAGUGUAUGGGUGCCUAGUGAUGGGUGCCUAUUGAUGGGUGCCAGUGCAUGGGUGCCUAGUGAUGGGUGCCAGCCUGUGUGAAUGCACGCGAGCAGUUGUGGUGAGGAUUGAUCUGUAAUACACAGGGAAAAACACAGGGAAAAAGGAAACUAACGGCUUGUCAAUUUGGUAACUAGAAAGGCUGAGUCUGCUCAGUGUUAUCCCACAUCCACCCUACCUACUCCAAAACUCCUCCCUUCUGUUCCCCCAUCCCCCUUCUCUUCUCCCGCUCUCUCUCUCCCGUUCUGCUGGCCGUCUCUCGCCCUGCGAUUCUGUCGCUUCACUAUCACAAUGGGAUGCCCGAAGCCAGAGGAUGCCAGGCUCCGGGAAGUCAGUAGUGCGGACUGUGUCCGUGUGUCAGUUGCGCUGUGUGUCUAAGUGCCGGGCGCGGUGCAUCUGGCAGCCAAGUGCAGGGAGAGACGCCUCUGCCAUCCGCCCGCACCAGAUGCAUUUUUUAUGGCUUUCCGCGAUGGUUGGGCCCUGGAGACUCCAGUCUGAGAGGUAAGAUGCACCACUGCUGCUCCCCAGUCACGUUUGACCAGGACUUGUGUAAGAAAAUGCAGAUGUGGAUCCUACAGACGAUUGCAUUUGCUGUAACAUCGUUGCUUCUCUCGUGGGCAGAAACAAUCGAAUACUAUGGCGAAGUCUGCGACCAUUCGUGUCCUUGUGAGGAGAGAGACGGCAUAUUGACUGUCAACUGCGAAAACCGAGGCAUCAUUAGCCUUUCUGAGAUCAGCCCCCCACGUUUCGCCGUCUAUCAUCUCCUGCUCUAUGGGAAUCUCUUAAACAGACUUUACCUGAACGAGUUUGUCAAUUACACGGGGGCUUCUAUUCUGCAUCUGGGCAACAACGACAUUCAGGAGAUAGAAAUCGGGGCGUUCAAUGGACUCCAGGGUCUGAGGAGGCUGCACCUGAACAACAACAAGUUGGAGCUUCUUAAAAAUGACACUUUCACUGGCCUACAGAAUCUGGAGUAUCUGCAAGUUGAUUAUAAUUUUAUUAUCGCCAUAGAGCCCAAUACCUUCAGCAGGCUGCAUUCUCUGCAGGUCUUAAUAUUGAACGAUAAUCUGUUAUCCACCUUGCCUAACAAUAUUUUUCGUUUUGUUCCCUUAACUCACUUAGACCUAAGAGGAAACAGGCUGAAGGUGCUGCCCUAUGUGGGGCUCCUGGAGCACAUGGAUAAGGUGGUGGAGCUGCAGCUGGAGGAGAACCCGUGGAAUUGUUCGUGCGAAUUAAUUGCCCUCAAGGAUUGGCUCUAUAGUAUCUCCUAUUCUGCUUUAGUAGGUGACGUCGUUUGUGAAACUCCCUUCAGAUUGUAUGGGAGAGAUCUGGAUGAAAUCUCCAAACAGGAGUUGUGCCCAAGGAAACUCAUCUCCACCUAUGAAAUGCGCCCCCCGAUUCCAAGGAGCACCAGCGAGUACUUCCACACUACCCCUGCCUCGGUGAAUUCGGGGGCCACUAUCUCUUCCUCUGUUUACAAAAACCUCACUAAACCCAAAAGCACACGGCAACCCAACCGAUCCAAAGUGCGGGCCACAUCCCACCGACCCCCUAUAGAUUCUGGAUACAGUAUAAGCAUCGCUUAUCAGACCAAAUCCCCUGUGCCUUUGGAAUGUCCUACAAACUGCACUUGUAACCUGCAAAUAUCCAACCUGGGGCUCAACGUCAACUGUCAGGAGAGGAAGAUCAAGAGCAUAUCCGAGUUGCAGCCCAAACCUUACAACCCUAAAAAGAUGUAUCUCACCGGCAACAACAUCGCUCUGGUUCGCAGGACGGAUUUCAUCGAUUCCACCGGAUUAGACCUUCUUCAUCUGGGAAAUAAUCGAAUAUCAGUUAUCCAGGAUCGAGCCUUUGGGGAUUUGACUAAUUUACGCAGACUGUACCUAAAUGGCAAUUCUAUUGAAAAGCUGACACCAGACUUGUUUUAUGGCCUCCAGAGCCUCCAGUACCUGUUUCUCCAGUAUAACUCAAUUAAGGAAAUCGAACCUGGAACAUUUCAUUUUGUCCCGAACCUUCACCUUUUGUUUCUAAAUAACAAUCUUUUGAAACAUUUGCCAGGGAACAUUUUCUCUGGGUUGAACCUUUCCAGGCUGAACCUGAGAAGCAACCUCUUUUCCCAUCUGAUGGUGAGUGGGGGGCUGGACCAGCUCAAGUCUUUGGUGCAGAUAGACCUCCAUGAAAACCCAUGGGAUUGCACGUGCAACGUGCUGGGGAUGAAACUAUGGCUGGAACAGCUCAGUGUGGGGGUUUUGGUGGAUGAUGUCAUUUGCAAGUCGCCCCCAAAUUUCGCCCUUAUAGAGAUGAGAUCUAUUAAGGCCGAACUGCUGUGCCCAGAUGAUUCAACUAUGGACGACACCACAUCAGCUACCCCUUCCCCAGUGCUCCCCUCUGAGAGUAGCACCACCCUCGUUUAUCCAUUUAAAUUCAAUAACACAUCCAGCAGCUCGGUGCCCUUGUCUGUGCUCAUACUCAGCCUGCUCCUGGUUUUCAUCAUGUCUGUGUUUGUGGCUGCCGGCUUGUUUGUCCUUGUUAUGAAAAGGAGAAAAAAGAACCAGAACGAACCAGCCAGCACUAAUAAUUCCGACGUGAGCUCAUACAACAUGCAAUACAGCGUGUACAGCAACCGGCCGCUGCCCAAAGUCAAGACGCCGGCUGGCCAUGUGUACGAAUAUAUCCCCCACCCUUUGGGUCACAUGUGCAAAAACCCCAUCUAUAGAUCUAGAGAGGGCAACUCUGUGGACGAUUAUAAAGAUCUUCACGAACUUAAAGUCACCUACCGGGAUCAGCUGGAGGAGGAGAGGGGCAGUAGUCACAGGGCUACGAGCUACAGCGUCAGCACCAUAGAAUCCAGGGUGGAGCUGUCCCCUGUGCAAGACACCGAGCGCGUCUACCGAGGAAUUUUAGAACCGGACAAAGGCCCAUCGCCCGGACCAAACAUUGAUUAUAAAUAUACCAACCCCAAUACUUUCACUUACGCCCCUAAGCGGCAGUUCUUACAUCCGGACCGAUUAAGGGAAGCGAUGCUGUACAGCACGCCUAGUACUGUCUAUGUGGAGCCCAACAGGAACGAGUACCUGGAAUUAAAAGCAAAACUCAACGUGGAGCCGGACUACCUCGAAGUGCUGGAGAAACAGACCACUUUCAGCCAGUUCUAGACUCUCCAACCAUCACAAAAAUGAAUACAAAAAGGACUAUAUGACGAUUUUGUUGCUUCAACCUUCGGAUGAAGUGCCUUGGCACAAGAUUUUCAGCUGCAGCAAAUUCCACUGAAAGGGUGUGCAAUUUUUUCUUCUUUUUUUUUCCCCUUUUUGUAGGACAGCUUAUAUUAUAUAAACUGGGCACAACAUUUACUGUUUGCGUGGCCCCCUGAGUCCACUUUGUGCAGCCUGAGAAUCACUGAAGUGAAAAAUCUCUCCUGGUGCUAGGAGGUAUCUAUAAGGAAAACACCAUCUUAUGCUAUGUUACCCUUCACUCAAGGGUGGGUCUAACCGACUUUAUUGGUGUUUUAGCACCCCCCUCCCCUGAGUUUAAUAUAAAAAAUCCAUUUUUACAGGAUGUAUUUGUAUGCUUUCUGGACUUUUGAAGUAAAUGCUAAAUUAUGUACACUACUAAGAUCUUUAUGCAUCACCAUAGAAGGUGUAAACCAACUCUAAAGUGCAAAGACAUAGAAUCCAUAACUUGGGUAGUCAAAAAUAACUUAUUGUUAAAAUAUCAAAUAUUUUAAUGUAGCACCUAUUUUUAUACUGUAUGCACAUAAGCAUUUAUUUUCUUUGUUGUUUUUUUUUCCCCCUUCACUAUUUCAGUCUUUGAUUUGCUCAGACGUGUUGCACUACAUGAACAGGAGGACUGAGAGCUAACAUGAGCAUUAUGUACUGUGGGGGUGGGAGUAGACAUGGCCAUUGUAUUAGACACACUUUGGGGCAAUCAGUUGGCCACAAUUAUUUUGCCAUGUUAGCCAAACAAGACAGUAAUGAAGAACGUUAAUACUCAUUACUGGGCAAUUCGUAGGACAAAAUAGUGAGGAAUAUAUAAACAAUUCUUGAUAUUAGGAGGGGAAAUGUUUCAUUUCAUUAGUAAACCAAAUGUAAUUAUUCGACUACUGUUGUAGCCAAUUUCAAUUGCACUGUACAGAUCGGUGUGUAUGUCCUGUCACCUGAAUGAAGUAAGGAAUGUACACACUCAGAGGAGAAGAGAUUUUUCUAAUAUUGACAUAUUAUUUUUGAGAGAGAGGGAAAAAGUGCAAUGAUACAUGUAUCCAACAUGUAUAUUAAUCUAUGAAUACACGUAGCCAUUUGGUAUGCAUCACUCAUUAUAAUCUGCAGCACUGCAAUUCAUUUCCAAUGAUUCAGUCAGGAGAAAAAGGCUAAAGAUAAUUUCCAUAGCUCAUGCAUUAUACAUAUGAGAUGAAGUCACAGUUUUCUGUUAUUCCAAAUGGUUCAGCUUCUUUUGGUGUAUCCAGAAUUUCAGAAUCUUGAGCCAUCUAAUCCAAAUAACACCUCAGGAUCAAUAGCCUAAAAAUAGAAUUUUCCAAUUCAUUGUUGGGGAAAUGGAAGUUUUGAUUCUACACAAACUAAUCACACUAUCACUACCAGUUGGAAUAUGUGAUAACUGCGGCUAUAUCUGUAUUUUUGUUUGCGUUUCCAAAUCCUUUAAAGCCACCUUUGUUUAUUUGAGACCUUCUUUCCUUGUCCAGGGGGGAACAAAUGAAUAUCAUUUUGUUACGUAUAUUAAAAGUUCAUGUCUUUCUUAA